GUCAGUCCAUGCCACUCCUGACCCCGGCCUGUUACGUCUCACCAUGCACCUCCACAGUCACCUCUUGUCUUAUAUGGCUGACCAUUACUUCCAUGCAGUCUUGCUGCUCCUGAGUCAUGAACGGAUCACCUCGUUUGCCCCUUCUGAAGCUGAACUGUAUCUUAUGGCCUGGAGGAGCAAAGCAUCAACUGUCUGCCAGGACUCAGAUCACUAAUAGAUGCAGUCUUGAGAAGAUCACAGGGUUCCUGGUUUCGUCUAGGUGUGUGAAUGUGGAAGUCGUUUUAAAAACUGGGAGAGGCGGAGGAUUUUGGGUUAACUCAGGCAGAAGAAUAAUUCUUCCAAAGCUGUUGUGUAUCCUCACAACUGAACAAUGGUACUCAUAUUAGGACGCCGACUAAACAGAGAGGAGAGUGGAGUUCGUGAGUCUCCUGCAACUAAGAGAAAAGUCUUUGAGAUGGACCAAAAGUUGUCAGGCCACGAAGUGUUUGAUUUCAAUUCUGGUUCUUCCCAUUCUGAAAGUAUCCUGCAAGUCUUCAAUGAGUUUCGGGAGAACCGUUUGUUUACUGAUGUCAUCAUAUGUGUGGAAGGAAGAGAGUUCCCAUGUCACAGAGCUGUCCUCUCAGCCUGUAGCAGCUACUUCCGGGCCAUGUUCUGCAAUGAUCACAGAGAAAGCCGGGAGAUGUUGGUGGAAAUCAAUGGGAUCUUCUCUGAAGCUAUGGAUUGCUUUCUGCAGUAUGUCUAUACAGGGAAAGUCAAGAUCACAACUGAAAAUGUCCAGUAUCUUUUUGAAACCUCCAGCUUGUUCCAGAUCAGUGUGUUGCGUGACGCAUGCGCCAAAUUUUUGGAAGAGCAGCUUGACCCAUGCAAUUGCUUAGGAAUCCAACACUUCGCUGACACUCACUCACUGAAGACACUCUUCACCAAGUGUAAAAUGUAUGCACAGCAGUCAUUUGAAGUUGUUGUCCAGCAUGAAGAGUUUUUGGAGCUGGGAAAGGCUGAAGUCAUUGACUACAUCAGUAGUGAUGAUUUGGUUGUCAGCAAAGAAGAGUUUGUGUUUCAGGCUGUCAUGCGGUGGGUGUACCACCACGUAGAUGUCAGGAGACCUAUGUUGCAUGAACUCUUGACACAUGUUCGGCUACCUCUGCUGCAUCCUAAUUACUUUGUGCAAACCGUAGAAGUUGAUCAGAUAAUCCAGAACUCCCCAGAAUGCUACCAGCUGCUCCAUGAAGCCAGGAGAUAUCACAUACUCGGAAAUGAGAUGAUGUCACCACGGACCAGGCCACGCAGGUCUACUGGCUACUCUGAGGUCAUUGUGGUAGUCGGAGGUUGUGAACGUGUUGGAGGAUUUAAUCUUCCUUACACUGAAUGCUACGAUCCAGUGACCGGAGAGUGGAAAUCACUGGCAAAGCUUCCAGAAUUUACAAAGUCAGAAUAUGCAGUGUGUGCCUUAAGAAAUGACAUUCUUGUCUCAGGUGGGAGGAUCAAUAGUCGUGACGUAUGGAUCUAUAAUUCUCAGCUAAAUAUUUGGAUCAGAGUUGCCUCCUUGAACAAAGGAAGAUGGCGUCAUAAGAUGGCUGUCCUUCUAGGGAAGGUUUAUGUGGUUGGGGGAUAUGAUGGACAGAACAGGUUGAGCAGUGUUGAAUGCUACGAUUCAUUUUCUAAUCGGUGGACAGAUGUGGCUCCAUUAAAGGAGGCUGUGAGCUCGCCCGCCGUUACAAGCUGUCUUGGCAAACUAUUUGUGAUUGGAGGAGGACCAGAUGACAACACGUGUUCUGACAAGGUUCAGUGCUACGAUCCAGACACAAACUCUUGGUUACUACGCGCGACAAUUCCUAUAGCAAAGAGAUGUAUUACAGCGGUGUCCUUAAACAACCUCAUCUAUGUUGCCGGAGGGCUCACAAAGGCAAUUUACUGCUACGACCCCGUGGAAGAUUACUGGAUACAUGUGCAGAAUACAUUCAGCAGACAGGUGGUAGGGCCUUCUGAAUUGAACACAGUUCUCAAGGAGAACUGCGGUAUGUCUGUCUGCAAUGGAAAAAUCUUCAUACUUGGUGGACGAGGUGAGAAUGGAGAGGCGACAGACACCAUCUUAUGUUACGAUCCGGCAACCAGCAUCAUUACAGGGGUGGCAGCUAUGCCCAGACCAGUCUCGUACCACGGCUGUGUGACAAUUCACAGAUACAACGAGAAGCCCUUCAAAAUUUGACCAACUGGAGAAGAAGGGACUAAUACACGAACACAAUUAAAGGACACUUUACUAUCUGCAAACUGGUCAUUUAUUCAGUCCAUCGAAAAUGUUUGGGAUUCCGUCACGUGGUCUAAAAUGAAGCACCCAAGGGACCAUGUGCUUUCUUACCACAGGUGGGGUGUCGCCAGAGAGAAGCUGGAAGCCUACAUGUGAAAGUGUGGGGCGAGAAGAUGAUGGCGGUGCUUCUCAUAGAGUUGCAAACAAUCAGCAAUAGAUCGCACAUUUUUCAGAUUUUUUUGUCAUUCUUUUAAGUACGCCAAAUAGAUUUUGUGCGGCCAAUGCCUUAUUAUUUAUCGGCGUGGCGAAAGGACUAUCUGUAUUAUUU